CACAACGGCUUCCUUCUUCGGAUCUACACUAUUCUGACAAAUAUGGACACUUCCGGUUCUGGGCUCAAUCUAAACUCGUUGACCAGCGCUCAGAAGGAGCAACUCAUGGAACAAAUGAAGGCCGAGGUUGCGUUGGCAAGCGCACAAGAGCUUUUACAGCGAAUGUCCGAUAAGUGCUUUGAGAAGUGUGUUCCAAAACCCGGCGUGAGUCUGGAUAACUCGGAACAGAAGGAGCAACUCAUGGAACAAAUGAAGGCCGAGGUUGCGUUGGCAAGCGCACAAGAGCUUUUACAGCGAAUGUCCGAUAAGUGCUUUGAGAAGUGUGUUCCAAAACCCGGCGUGAGUCUGGAUAACUCGGAACAGAAGUGUGUUGGAAUGUGCAUGGAUCGUUACGUUGACGCAUGGAACCUUGUUUCCCGAACAUUCGCCGCCCGAGUGCGGCGCGAAGCCGAAAAAAUGUAGCCCAGGAUACAUCACUCCUUACCCUAGCCUGUAAAUAUUUACAUGCAAUCUAGAGUCUUUCGUGAU